CAACACUGAUAAUGGGUACUGAUAGCACUGAUAGGUGGCACUGACUGACAUCACUGCUGGGCACUGACUGGCACAACUGCUGGGCACUGACUGGCAGCACUGCUGGGCACUGACAGGCACAACUGCUGGGCACUGACUGGUGGCACUGACUUGCAGCACUGCUGGGCUGCACUGAUGGGCACUGGUGGGUGGCACUGGUGUGUGGCACUACUGGGCACAGGUGGGCGCACUGCUGGGUGGCACAGGUGGGCGCACUGCUGGGUGGCACAGGUGGGCGCACUGCUGGGUGGCACAGGUGGGCGCACUGCUGGGUGGCACAGGUGGGCGCACUGCUGGGUGGCACAGGUGGGCGCACUGCUGGGUGGCACAGGUGGGCGCACUGCUGGGCACAGGUGGGCGGAACUUGUGUGUGGCACUGCUGGGCACCGAUCAUCAGGGCACUGACCGGUGCCGAUCCCCGCUCUGACAACUGUCAGUUUUCGGCAGUAGUUUCCUCACGAUCUGACAGCGUGAGGAAACGUGUCAUUGGACACGGCUGAUCAC